GAGUGAAGCUGACUUAAUGCAGAAGACACUGACAGAGAUGGCCAUAAAAUUUUGUUGCUUUUCUCAGGAACCUGUUGAUGAUGUGGACUCCUGGGGUGAGUCCAUCGAAAAUCUUCUAUCCUGUAAAGCGGGGCAGAUAGCUUUCCAGGAGUUCUUGAAAUCGGAAUACAGUGAGGAAAAUAUUCUGUUCUGGCUGGCAUGUGAGGAAUACAAAAAGGUCACGAGUGUUCCAGAGAUGAUCAGCAUGGCGAACAAAAUCUACGCUGAGUUUGUGGAAACGGAGUCACCCAGACAGGUUAACAUCGAUUCUGGGACUCGCACAAAUAUAACAAACAACAUCUCUGAGCCAAACCUGAACUCAUUUGAUACUGCACAGAAGAUGAUCUUCAGUCUAAUGGCGAGAGACUGCUACCCCAGGUUUCUCAAGUCCGACAUCUACCAGGCCAUUCUGCAAAACAGAGGAAAGAGAUGACUUCAUAAUUCACAGUUUUUCAGAGUAUAACUAUUGCCAGUAAUGACUUGUACAUUUUAUUUUAUAUUUGAUAAGCAUUAUCUUUUUAGUUCUGGACUGAAAUAGCUCUUUUCAUUGUUAUGUUACCAUUAAAAACUAUUUUGAAGGACGGAACGGACAGACCCCCAAACGCGCGUCCUAAGUUAAUGUCCCCAAAUAAAAUUUGCCAUCUGUCCUUAAAAGCAUUUAAUGAGUAUCAAAAUAGUAGCUAUUCUGAUGUUCAUGCACUGUUGUAAAAUACACUUUGGUUUUAUUUUCCACCUCCAAGAGAAUAAAACAAUUUAACUAAAGUAUAUUAAUUUUAAAAUGCAAGACAAACAAAUUGAUACAUCGCAAAAAUUUUAUGUGCACUUAACAGAAACAGCAAUCUAGAAUUAGAAGAAAACGUGAAUUUAAAUAAGGAUAGAUAUUUAAUUUUUAAACUACAUCUACAGUUCACUUCUAUAGUAAUGCAACCAUAUAGGUCUGAUGUGUAAUUAUUUGUCAAGCAAUUGUUUACUAUUAUUAUUAUUAUUAUGGUAAUGUAAUUAUUUUUGUUAUUAUGAAAAAUCUGUGCUUUUGAUCAACUUUUUUUUCGAGCAGUGUUUCUUAUGAUUGAUGUGAUCGUCAGGAGGAAAUUUGUAAUAUGGAUUUAAAAAGCCAUUUAAAUAUGAUAACUCUUUUAUCCAUGCAUGCAUAUCCUGGAAUCCUUAUAUAAAAAAAAAAGAAAUAAAAAAAAAUUUAAUAAAUGUAAA